AGAGAGGGCGAGUUAGCGAGAGAGAGAGAGAGAGAGAGAGAGAGAGAGGGGGGAGAAACAGAGAGAGAAAAAGAGAGAAACAGAGGAGAUGAUCUGAAUCAAAGCUGGAUGUGCCUAUUUGUGCUAACUGUUGUCUGUUCCAAUGAAGACCCAUUUCUGUACUUAUCAAAAGACAACUAGAGAGGGGGAAGAAUCUGCAGAUAUCAGUCAAUCAGCCUUCCUGUCUGCUGAAACAUCAAGAUCAGUAUCAGCUUUAGAAAACCCACAUCGACAGACCUCUAUAAUGGAUUGAAUGCGGUUUCAAUUUGGUCAAAUUCAUCAAGAUGUCAUAGAAAACUUUGCUGCACCUGUGCAUUAAUCUGAAACAAGACAAACCCAGACGAAGAAAUUCAGGUGAGAGGUCACACAAACAGAGACAGCCUGACCUUUGACCUGAGCACAAGCAAUGCUAUGCCAAAGAGUCACUUCUGUUCCCCACUCCUCUCUCUCCCGAGAGGCUCCUGUGACCUAACCACCACCCCUUCCGGGGGUCCAUAGGCGGCUGACAGGACGUCCAGAUGAGUUCCUCUCCAGGCCAGGGUAAGGAAUGCCUCCCGCCAAAAAAAAGGGAGUCCCGACAGGGCUCUGCUGAGCAGGGGCCCACAGACACCUUCAAACGGCCUGCGCCCCCCUGGGAGAGGGCAGGGGGGAGGCGAGCGGAACACCGUGCGGAGGCAGGCGAGGAGCUAUUGAUGAAUUCCUGCUACGGCGUAGACGUCCUCCCGCCCAUGACUCCGCCCAUGACCCCGCCCCUGCCCUCUGCCUCUCCCCAAACCCAACCCCUGCCUGCACCCACUCCCAUGUACAGCCUGCCCUGGCACUUACCCUAUCCGGUCACCAUGGCAACCCCCUUCAUUUCCAGCGACGCCUCCCUGGUCUGGAGGGGACAAAGCGCCAGCGGUGGGGACACCUUGGAGUUGAGCUGGAGCCGCCCCCUUGCACUGCAGCACGCAGGCGUACACAUCCCUUAUAGGGCACAGUUCCCCACCGACCCCACAGGAGAUUUGUUUACAUGCCUCCCGCCCCGCCAGAGGAACUACAGCUCCGCCCACUCCCAAAUCGCACACACACAGCUCUUCUCUCGGCCACCGCCGUACUCCAGGGAACCCCUUCACCAUGACAAGAUGGGCCUCCCCACGAGGAGGCCCAAUGGGUUUGACCGGAGGGACAGCUGGCACCCUCACGCUGGGAAGUCAUUGGACAGGCAGGGUAAUGGGCGGCGGGGCUGGGAGACCCAAGACGGCCCCCGCUGUGAAGGGAAAAGGAGCUGUCACGAAUACCGGCAGUCCCCCACACAGGCGUUCUCCGAGGACACCAAGAACACACCCCCCCUGCUGCAGGGCAAGGACCUGUGGGCGACGCCCAGGGCUCCACCUGCCAAACCGUCAGACACAAGGGGCACGCUGUACGAUUUCCCUGUGCCACCCGGGCCCCCAGGGCCAGCAGGGCCCGUGCAUUAUGCCCUACCGCCUCCUUCCUGCACUGUUCCUCAGCAGCACCCUCUGGAGCAUCCAUGCCUCACCCCCCCAACUCUCAGAAACACUGAGCUCUCCCUCCUGGGGGAGAAGCGACAUGUGGAGGUACCAAGGUCACAGACUGAGGGCCCAAAUGGGAACCACCCUCGCCAGGACCACCAGAGAAGUUCCUGCCCCUCUCCAAGGGGCCAUGGCUCAAAGGCCCGGGCAGGAGCCCCCCUAAACCCAGCAAACCCAUCAUCCCCGACGCCUGGGCCCCCCAGAGUCCUGCCCUACUUCCGGAAGGGCUCAUUGAUUGAGCUCUGCGGCGGGCGGCUGAAGAGGGUGGAGGAGCUGCAGACGGAGGACUUCCUGCUCUGCCCCGACCCCGGCCCGGACAUCCACCUGAGCUCCUGCACCAUCCUUAUGAUCUCACCCUCCCCCGACCCCGCCUUCUCACGACUGCAGGUCCUGCUUCCUGACCACAGCACUCAGCAGGAGUUACUUGAAGUCUUGGUUGAGUACCCGUUCUUCGUCCGUGACCGGGGCUGGUCCUCCUGCUGCCCACGAAGAACGGUCCAACUGUACGAGCUCCGCUGCCACCAGCUCCGCGUCGGUGACGUGUGCCUGGCGCUCACGCCCUCGCCGUUGCCCCCACGCCCGCCUUCGCCCUCCCCGCCGGCUUUGCCUGUGCAUGCUGGGAAAGGCAGGGGCAGGGGGGGAGAGGCAGGCUCUAAGCACAGGAACGUACACAGCAAAGCAGGGGAAGAAAAGCUGGCCCCGCCCUCCCCUCCUCCAGCUCCCCUCAGGGAGUCGCCACGAAAACGCAAGAGGCGCUGGUCGGCGCCCGAGCUCCAGGGAGGGAGCAGGACGCCUGCAGAGUUACCUCAUAGCCCCAAGCACAGGGGGCAGCAGUGGCCCACCCCUCUGCCCCCACCCUAACCCCCCAACACUCCUCGGGGCUCAAAGUGACCCUUCCUCCCAGCAGCUGCCCAAUGACUGCAGACAGAGGAGGCCAGGAACUCAUCUUUAAACCAGUAACGGUCUUGAACCUUUUUUCGUAAUGUUGUCAUUUUUGUAACAUCACUCUUUGCCAGCCAGUUCCUUUUAAAUUAAUUACACCUGAUGUAAUUGCGCAGCCUUGGCGCUUUCCACAAUAUAAUACAUUUUAAUAUGAUCAAGCAAAUUGGGUCACAUUAAAAUAUUCUGAUUAAAACCAAGUAAUAGGAGAUGGUUUUUCUCCUUUAAAAUGAUUGUUAUGGGGGGGUGGGGGGGUUAUAACUAAAAUGAUUUAGUUAUUUUCCUAAAAAGGACAACGCUACUGCAUCAGAUGCAAUCAAGCAAAAAGGAACGGGCUGUAGAUGACUGAUUUGAUUUGCCUUGCUUGUUAAUUUUGUAAAAACAAUCCAAAGCAAGGUUCAGGUUUAAUGAUGCUCUGUGUGACUCUUGUAUGUACUCCAGUGAUGUCUUCAGUCACUCAGAAAUGACGGAAGACAGUGGAAGCAUGGUGCAUUCUCAGGACUGUGGUCUGUCAGUUAUAAAACGACAUGUUAUCAGAGGGAAGACUGCAGUUUUCGGAGCGUUUCUUCACAAUGCAAUGCCAAGUAGUUAGACUAUUCUUUUCCCAGCUGCUGAUGCCAGUCUGGAUGUGUUUCAGAUCGGCAGGGAAUUAGACUUUUUAAAGCUUAUUGCACAGGAGGGUGAGAUUUCCACUGACUCACACCAUUAGUGUUUACUUUCCCUUUCCCUCAGCCAAUUAAUAAUGCCACCUGCAGAAUGUGUAUUUAUUCUCAGUAAAAUUUAACUCUGGGGGAAAAAUCAACGACUCGUAUUUUACAAACAAUACGGGUUUAUUUGCUAUUAAAUACCAUCCUGCCAUUCUCAGUUAUCCACCUCCAAGGUGAAAUCAGGGGUUCCCUACUGUCCCAGGGAACCAGUUAAUUAAUUAAUUAACUGGGGUUUUUCUAACCAAGGGAACAACGACUACAUGUAUUCUAUUUUCAGAUUAUAUCAUUUAAUCAUAUUAAACGAAGGCUUCUGUAUAAUUAUGUUACGGAUGUACACAUGUAUACAUUGAAGGAAUUUGUUUAAAGUCAGAUUCUCCAAGCCCCGCACCUACAUUUCGACUCUUGCACCCACGUUAAAAUUCUCUGGAGAAAAAAAACUGUGUUUGUGUGUGUGUGCAUGUGUGCACACACAAACACAGAUACACGUGCACUCUCGCUCACACACACAAAUACUUGAAAUAUAUUAAUUGCACAUAAAAAAAACCAGGAGUCAAGGACAGUAAUGGCCAAGAAAGGUGAAUGUAUUCCUCUAGCUUUUCAUUGUGUGGUUCAUGUACAGUACAAACUGUCUUUGCUUACUAUCAGCCUCCAAUACUAUUUUUUCCCUUGAAAACUGAACAAAAAAUACACUGAUAUUUUUGGAAAAACUGCAAUAGUCAGUGAAAGUGCUAAAUGAAUUUUGGAUGACUGUGGUUUGUGAAUAUUGAUGUGUCAUACUGAUCUGUAAUAUGUUUUGUAUUAUUCUGUAUAAUAAGUGUGAAUGCAGGGGAAACUUACAGAUACGGGUAUACUUUAUGUCCUGUUUCAUCUGAGGUCCACACAGGCAAUGUUUCAUAUGAAAUUCAUAACCACAAUUAGCCAUAUUGCAGUUGAACCCUCGUUGACUCUUCACAAAAUGUGAUUGUGAAAAAGGUGAUAUUCAACAUGUUUUAGCCAACACAGGUCAAAUGAAAGUUCUUUUUGUUUUGUUUUGUUUUUGUGAGAGUGUGCCCCUCUCACUUUUAAUCUGUAUGAUACAGAUUUUUUUUUGACUUCACAGAGGACAGAUGUGAUUUUUCUUUGUAGAAACGUUAUAAUUAUAGAAUUGUAUAUUUUUGAAAUCAUCGGUCUGUAAAAUGAUGUCUGGAAAAAAAUCUAUAAAUAUUAUUAUAGAUUUAUAAAUAUAUAAGUGUAUUAUUUAUUUAUUCAUUCAUUUUGUCUUUUUAAUGUUU